CCGCGGUAUAGUCAUUCCCACCUUCUGCGGAGUAUAUACCGUUCCCGCAAUCUCAUAACACGACAGAUGAGCUGAUAAAAGUCUCGACACGUUCUUAUAUCGAUUUCCAUUCUCGAGCGGUCGUCGCCAUGCCUCCUCCACUUCCCUCCCAACAUCGCGGUAUGACCGCCAACCCUCUCAAACCAGUUAAACGUUACCGGCCGGGAAAACCGAUUGCGGAAGAACCCUCGUCAUCUGAAGAAGAAGAGGAUGCCGAGGAAGAGGUACAGGAGCAGGAGCGGCGCAGACAGGAACAACAACGGCAGAAGAGGCAACAGGCUCCAAAGGCGACCUCGUUCCCUACUGGCGCUGCUGCUGCUGGGAGGAUCACGAAAGGCGUGCAAGAUGUAAAGAUUGAAGAGGACGAGGAUGAGGAAGGGUUUGAGACGGAGGAGGAGGAAGAGGCACCACCGAAGGUAACCGCUCGUGUUGCUGGCGACCGAGCGGAGACUGUGACGGCGCAAGCAGGCGGAGACGAAGAGGAGGAGGAAGAAGAGGAAGAGGAGGAGGAAAGUGAGGAAGAAGAAGAGAGCAGUUCAGAAGAGGAGGCGCCCCGGAGGGUUCUGUUACGGCCUACGUUCAUCAAGAAAGACAAGCGCAACAAUGCACCGAAUCAAGCACAAAACGCCGCUAAUGUUGCCGAUUCGGCGGCGGAGGCGGAGGCCCGCAAGGCGCAGCGACAGGAGAAGGCGGACAUGCUGGUCCGAGAGCAGUUGGAGAAAGAAGCCAUUGCGCGAACGACUGCAAACAGAGGGUGGGAUGAUGACGAAGUAGUUGAAGCGGGCGAAGAGGGUGCCAUCGAUGAUCGGGAUGGCGUGGAUCCAGAAGCAGAAUAUGCUGCUUGGAAGCUACGAGAACUCAAGCGAAUCAAGAGAGAGCGCGAAGCCAUCGAGGCAGCGGAGAAGGAGCGCGAAGAGAUUGAGCGUCGUCGGAACCUCACUGCGGAAGAGCGCGAACGCGAAGACCGCGAGUUUAUUGAGAAGCAGAAACAGGAGAAAGAAGCCAGUCGUGGCCAGACUGGGUUUAUGCAGCGCUAUUUCCACAAGGGUGCUUUCUUCCGUGAUGAUCUGGAACGCGAAGGACUCGACAAGAGAAAUGUCAUGGGGCAGAGGUUCGCCGACGAUGUUGCUCGUGAGACCUUGCCUGAAUAUAUGCAAAUUCGGGAUAUGACCAAGCUGGGAAAGAAGGGCAGGACACGAUACAAGGACUUGAGGUCGGAGGAUACAGGACGCUUUGGAGACGGCUUGGACAAUCGUUCCCGCCGUCGGGAGGCUGCCCCUCUCGGUAUCCGUGAUGAGCGAUUCCUACCUGACCGUCCGGACGAUCGCCCCAGGGGCCCCACGGGAGCCAACGCGAGUACCGUACGCGAGAGACGAAGGUCGCGGUCAAGAUCGUAUUCGCCGAGGCGAGACCGUCACCGCGACCGUGGAGACAACAGACAUGAUAGCGGGCGAGGCAGUUAUGGUGGCGGUGACCGCUAUCGUGACCAUGAUCGUGACCGCAGUCGUGGCCGAGAUCGUUCAAGAGAUCGAUACAGACCGGAUACCAGCAGUCGAAGGAAACGGAGUCCUUCGCCAUACGACGACCGCGACAAGCGACGGCGUACAGAUGAUGCUACAUAGACGGGUUUACGAGAAGAAAUCAUUACGUCCUUGGAGUUCCUGGUAUCAUGAAAAAUGCGGCUGGGAUUCGGGAUUUAUGUUGCAUUGCAGAUUGCGACAGGUCUUUGCCUUUGUUAUUUUUCAUAUCUAGUAUUUUCUCUCGUGGGGUUUGGAUAUAUACCCUGUAUCUGGGCUGGUGAACGGAGUGUGUAAGAUAAAACAGACAUCAUGUUUGUAGAUACAAACACAGACGUCCAACAAGCCCUGGCUCGCUUGGUAAAGCAUAUCCUUCCCUUUCCCAUCGAAACAACGUAAGCGUCUUGGCCGUGAUGUGACGAAUUCUUCUGUAAUAGUCCUUCCCCUGAUUUCCAAUGCGAUAACUCCCAGAGUCUUCGCAAGGCUCGUGCAUCCCGUUGUGGUCAUCCCGUCA